AUGGAUCUUGUUGCUGGUGUGCGAAAAGAAGGCAGCCGCGGCGGCCGCAAUGAGUUCAAAUGGUCCGAUGUCAAGGACUCCGCCCAUCGCGAGAACUACCUGGGCCAUUCAGUAAUGGCCCCGGUCGGUAGAUGGCAGCAGAACCGCGACCUGUCCUGGUAUGCAAAAGGCGACGGCGAAGACGAAGAGGAGCGACUCAGAAAGGAGCGAGAGGAGCUCCAACGUGUGAAGGACGCCGAGGAGGAAGCUAUGGCUGUCGCCCUGGGUCUUCCUAUCCCCCCGAAAGCCUCUGAAAACGCAAACAUGAUUCCACUUGGAGGAAAUGGGAGCAAUGAUACACAACCGAGGGACGAAGACAUGCCGGAUGCCGGGUCGAGGGAGAAGGAACAUAGUUCGAGUCGCAGACACAGACGUGAUCGCAGCCGGAGUCCACGACGAGAAAAGAGACACGAUCGCAGCGAAGAACAUAGUCGUGACAAGGAUCGCAGACACCGACGACACCGCGACGAUAGACACCGCGAUGACAGAGAACGCCAUCAUCGCAGCCAUCGACACAGAUCCCGCUCACGAUCUCGGGGCAGAGACCACCACAGACGCCGGUCAGCGUCGCGCUCUAGAAGUCGACCUGCUCGCAGAGAUGAAGAACAUCAAAGACGGCGACGUGAGGAGCGCAGCUACUCUCCAGCUGAGCGCCGACGUCACCCCGAACGCAGAAGGGAUCGUGACGAUCGUGAUCGCCGUCAUUGA